AGCUGGUUUUCAGCGUACAGUUUGAUUUACAGGUUACUUUACGCUGGCAAAUAAUACUAGGAGCAAUCAGCUUAGUUUACUGAAUAGUAUAAUUAUACUCAUACCUAGGAAUCUAAAGAACUAUUAAAAACUACAAUCAUAAUACAAUUUGAUGGGAAAUAAAACUUCAAACUGCUCAAGUACUAGCAGAGAGGUGUUUGCAUUUUUAUAUUUCUUAAAGAUUCGGAACGUAAAAAAAGGUGACUUAAUAGUUCAAGGAGAGAAAAGUGGAAACCCAAAGAUAGUAGCUGGGUGUUGGUUUCUUCAGUGUUACUUCAAUAUUACAAAUACUUUACGCAGAUACUUUUAAAAUAACAGCAGUUUGCAAGCAAAACUGCAAAUAGCUGCACAAGUAUAUGUUAUUGUUGGGCAUUUUUGUUUGUAUUUUUAUUUUUUAAACAUUUCGUUUUAGGUUUGUGGUUGGUUUACAUUAUAUUUUCUGUGUUUUAUUCUUUAAUGAAUGGUCUUUUCAAUAAAAUUUAAAUAUUUAUGUAAGUUUUAUUAUUGUGAUAAGAUAAUAAUAUUGCAAGACUCAUUGUUUUACAAUCAGUUACCUAACUUGGUUUUAUUAACUUUGGUAUAAACUAUUGUUAGUGUUACCAAACUGAAAAUAAACAUAUUUUUUGCAGAACUAUUUCAACUGUAGUUGUUUGAAAAAUACAGAUAUAAUAUUAUUAUACAUGCACUAAAUUUUUGUAAUGGAUCAAGACUUUGAACGAAGAUUACUAAAGCAGCAAAAUGGAACACCAAUGUCUCCAAUCCUAUCUCCAUCAUCAUCUUCGUUUGGUAACCGACAUCACUCACGGUCACUUCCACCAUCACCAAGUGGUUUGUCACCUGUCAAACCUGAACGAUGUAGUGACCGCUUUAUACCAGCACGUGCAGGAGCGCGAUGGCAUAUUGAUUUUAACAUGAUAUAUGACAAGGGUUCCAGCAAAUCACCCCAAAAUAAACCAAAUAGUAAUCAGCAAAAUACAACUCAAACCAAUCCAAAUUCACCUCAGCCUCAAACUCAAUCAUCUGCUGGACCAAAUCGUAAAACAAGAGAUGCUAGUGAAAAUGGACAAGACAGCUUAAUGUACCAAUGCUUGCUAAGAAACGAGUUACUUGGAUCUGAGAUAGAUCGAUUAAAAGACAACCAAUUAGAAGGAAGAAAAGUUUGCAGUAGCCCUGGCUCAGAGAAAAAGAAUUUAUUUAAGUAUUCCCUUCGAAUGAAGAGAGUCGAUUGCAAUGAAUCAACAUCCCCCUAUUCAUUAUCUCCUAUUGGAUGUAAAAGUCAAAAGUUACUUCGAUCUCCACGAAAACCAAUGCGAAAAAUCCCAAAAGUUCCUUUCAAAGUGCUUGAUGCCCCAGAACUACAAGAUGACUUCUACCUCAAUUUGGUUGAUUGGUCGUCUUCUAAUAUAUUGAGCGUUGGUCUUGGUGCAUGUGUGUAUUUAUGGAGUGCAUGUACAAGUCAAGUAACAAGGUUGUGUGAUCUUGGCUCAGAGGAAGACUCUGUAACUUCUGUUAAUUGGAACGACAGGGGGAACCUAGUUGCUGUAGGAACCCAUAAAGGUUAUGUACAAGUUUGGGAUGCACUUGCCAACAAAAAGAUUAAGCAAUUAGAAGGUCAUACUGCACGUGUUGGUGCACUGGCAUGGAAUGGUGAACAGUUGUCGUCUGGCAGCAGGGACCGGAUUAUUCUUCAGCGUGAUAUUCGCUCCGCAUCAGCAGUGACACCGGGAAAUUCUGAUAAAAAACUUGCAGGUCAUCGUCAGGAAGUUUGUGGUUUGAAAUGGUCACCUGAUCGACAGCAUUUAGCUUCUGGUGGAAACGAUAACAGAUUACUUGUGUGGAAUGCAAGUACAUCAUCGGCAUAUCAACACCAACCAAUGCAAACAUACUGUGAACAUCUGGCAGCUGUUAAGGCUAUUGCUUGGUCCCCUCAUCAACAUGGCUUGCUUGCUUCUGGUGGUGGAACAGCUGAUAGAUGUAUACGAUUCUGGAACACUUUAACACAGCAACCAUUACAAUGUGUUGAUACUGGAUCACAAGUUUGUAACCUUGCAUGGUCAAAACAUGCAAGUGAACUCGUUUCAACGCAUGGCUACAGUCAAAAUCAAAUCUUACUCUGGAAAUAUCCAUCACUAAAACAAGUUGCAAAGCUGACCGGUCACACCUACCGUGUGUUAUACCUGGCCACUUCCCCUGAUGGCGAAGCAAUAGUUACUGGUGCUGGCGAUGAAACGUUGAGAUUUUGGAAUGUUUUCUCUAAAUCUCCAUCAACGAAAGAUUCAACUUCAGUCCUUAACUUAUUUACAAGCAUUCGCUAGUAUUAUGUUACUUGCACAUGUUCUUGUGUUAUUUAUAGUUAAGUUUAUUAUUGAGUGGAAAGCGUAACAAUCUGUUUAAAUAUUUUAAUUUGCCUGCCAUGUGUUGGUAGGUAAAGUUUCAAUUUAUUUUAUCUUUAAUGGCGCGGUGAAUUGUUCUUUGUGUCAUUUUUUGUGUUUAUUUAUUAUUUAAUCAAAGUUGACAAAGUAAAUGGCACACUAUUUUAAAACUAAGUAAGAAUUAGUAAAUUCCACUAAAACAAAACAGUUAAACCGCAAAUAUAAAACAAUAAUAUUCAAAACCAAAAUAUCAGAAGGAACAGGCAUGCACUGUGACUUUAAAUAGAUUGUUGACACUUUUGAGUUGUUUUUUUUUAUCAAUGAAUGAAAUUAAGUAUAUUACUAUAUGCUGAUUCAGUUUUAAGCAGCUCGCUUGCUGAGCUUAUGCAAGCGUACUGCCAUACGCAAUUGCAGUGUUAUACAGAUUAUUAAAGUUAAUGGCCCUCUGUCUUAGUUAAUUAAUUUUAUUCUAGCUAUAAGUUUUAACGUUGUGCUGACCUUUUUAUUGUAUACAUAUUGAUUUUUUUCAAUUAUCCCAAACAAUUUCACUUGCAAACAACAUAAAAUAUUUGAUGUAUUUAUUUUAUUUGUACCAUAUCUAAUCCAUAUUUUAAACAUCAGUUUUGUUUGUUAUUAGUUUUCUGUUAAGUAUUUGCACCUCCCACGUUUACUGAUUUUUGCGAAGGUAACACACAAUACAGGAUGUAAUGAUCAUCGGUGACGUUCUGAUGAGUUCUGUAGGAAUGAAACGUAAAUUUAUGAAAAAUGUUAGGUUUAAGUCUGGCUAAGUGGCGUGUACAGUAAUUAUAAAGCACUACUUGCGUGUAAAGGGGUAAUAAAGGAAGUGUGACG